CAACAAGAUAACAUGACAGGUGGCCGUAAAGAUGACAGGAAAGUGACCUGAGAUGGUCCAGUUUAUGUGUCCCGUUAAUUUCACAGAUUAGAAUAACCUGACUGUCAGUGUCAGUGACCUGCUAAUCACCAUGGAAACUGGACACUGGACGUGUGUGGGCCUGGUCAAACCUGAACUUUACAGCCAGAACUUAAAGUCUUUGUGUAAGCAAACUGAAUGGAAUCAAAACCGCUUGAAGGCAGAGAUUGAGAAAACACCUCGCCCCAAGUCCGCCAUGGAAAGAGCAGAUGACAACUUUUAUAACCCUUUCAUGGCAUGGGAGAAAAAGGAUGUGAUGUUUACAAGUGCUGAGGCAGUGAAGAAUUUAGGUGACAACAGGACUAUCGGCAGUGACACAGAAAGUAUUGUUUCAACGAAAGCUCCACCAACAACAUUUUGCUAUCUUUGUACUACACUUGAGGAACAUGAGAAACAUCAUGAGAGAACGUUUCCAAAGAAGGUUCGCAAACCUCGUAUUAUGUUUAUAGCACCUCCACCACAAGUUAGAAAGAAGAAAGAAACUAAGCCAUCAUUUAUGAGCACCGAGGCUUUGUAUAAAGUAGAGGUGUUCACAGCAGACAAGCCUAAUGCCAGCACAGAUGCUAAUGUCUACAUCAGCAUUAAUGGCAGCGAGGAUGUUUUACCCAAGACGAAACUUCACAAAAACACUGCACGAUUUGUGUUUGGCAGAUCUUCAAGGGAGAAAUUCUACAUCAAAGGUCCAAAACUGGGAAAUCUUGAAACUUUAAUCAUUGAGCAUGAUGGUGUAGAGGAGAAGCACAGCUGGUUUCUGGAGAAGGUGGAAAUCACAGACAUGGCCACCAAAGAUUCCUGGGUGUUCCUCUGUCAGAAAUGGCUUUCCCUUCACAUCAAAGACUUCAAGAUCAAACGUCAUCUGAAAGCAUCACCAAAGGAAGUGGUCAAAUCAGAUUACAAAAUCAUCGUUCAUACUGGCAAGAAAGCCUUUGCUGGCACAGAUGCAAAUGUGUUCAUUACCCUGUAUGGGGAAGAAAGAGACUCGCCCAAAAUCCUGCUCAAAGACCCCACCCAAAAGUGCUUUGAGAAAGGCUGUGUGAACAGCUUUCAGGUCAGACUGGCAGAACUGGGAAGACUGAAGAAAAUCAGAAUGGAGCAUGAUGGAAAAGGUUUAGCGCCAGGAUGGUUUCUUGAUCAUGUGGUGAUCUACAAACUGUCCUGCCCGUCCCUCAAGUGUUACUGUUAUUGUAACUCAUGGCUGUCGCGUGACGAGGGAGGGGGAAGACUGUGGAAGGAGUUACCCGUCAGGAACAAGCCUCGUAACCACAAUGGCCACAAUGGUAAUAUAAUAAAGUAUGAAAUAAAGGUGAAAACAGGGGAUGUUAAAUAUGGUGGGACGGAUGCUAAUGUUUUUAUCCAGAUGAUUGGUCCAGAGGGAGUCACCAGUGAAAUAUCACUUGAUGAUGCCAAGAACAACUUCGAAAGAAAUAUGCUGGAUGUUUUUACGAUUGAAGCUGAUAAUGUUGGGAGUUUGGAGAAGAUUUUGAUUGGUCAUGACAACUCUGGCGUGGGCGCUGGAUGGUUUCUGGACAAGGUGUGUAUCCGUAGGUUUGUGCCUCCCAAGAAAGAAGGCAGACGGAAGAGCAGAGCUGUGAACACCUCUAGAGGUCAUGUAACAUCAGUGAGAAAGACACAGAUAGACAGCAGCAAGGAGCUUAAAGAACUGGAGGAUUCUGAUUCAUUAGGAAUUCUGGAGAGACAGAUUCUAUGUGAACUGAAAGCAGAGGCUGACCUGAUCCGGCGAGAAAAGUGGGUGGUUCCUCAGGAGAGACGGGGCUUAGAGGACGACCUCAGUGAUUGGUCAGAUGAGGACGACAGGUACAAGGGUAGGCAGAGAUCAUAUACUCCAGACAGAAGUGUAGAAGUGUCACCAGACAUGACAGAUAGGAGACGAUCCUCGGGUAAACAAAGACAGUCAACUGCAACAAGAAGAAGUCGCUCCAAUCACCCUGAUCAAUCAGAGGAAGAGGAAGAGCAGUCAGGUUAUGGUCGAAGAGCCUCUCGAGUUAAGCAGGAAGAUCGCAUUCCCGUUUUUGAAGAUUAUGUGUUUUUGUGUCACCAGUGGUUGUCAUCUGAUGAAGGAGACAAACAGAUUGUAAGAGAACUGAUGUGCCAAGACAAAAAGGUUCACUACAAAGACUAAACCAUAAUAGGUACUUCUGAUUUACCUUUCUCAUAUUAAUCAGUUUGCCUCCAUGACUUACAUAUGGCAUAUGGAAACCGUAAAAAAAAUUCCUGUGAUAAUUCGGGCCAGAGGUGAGAAAGUCAGUUGAUGACAUCCAUGUUAGUGUUUUGACUUUGUUGCAUACAUGUGAGGGGCGUUAAACCCCAACAAUAUGUUCAUACAUACAUACAUACAUA